ACACGACUGAUACAGUUUCAGUAGUGAGAGUGUUUCUAUUACAGAAACAUGAAGCAUCUUCUAUUAUGCGUGGUGGCGAUGGCCGUGGCCGUGUCGUCGUCGGGCGAUACGGCCCGCGGCGACCGUUGCACGCCGAGUGUCACCACGGUCAGCGGCACGCACGCGCCGGUGACCGUAUGCUCCGGGGCGCUCAUCUUCGCUGAUGACUUCGAAGAGUUUGAUCUGGAGAAGUGGCAGCACGAGAACACUUUGUCUGGUGGCGGCAACUGGGAGUUCCAGUGGUACAGCAACAACCGGUCCAACUCGUUCGCGCACAGCGGUCUGCUGUUCAUCCGGCCCUCGCUGCUGGCGGACCAGUUCGGGGCCAACUUCCUCACCAGCGGCACUCUGGACAUCGAGGGCGGCGCGCCUGCUGACAGAUGCACAAACCCCAAGUGGUACGGCUGCGAGCGGUCCGGCUCUCCCUCCAACAUCAUCAACCCGAUCAAAAGCGCGCGCGUGCGCACCGUGGACUCGUUCUCGUUCCGCUACGGACGCGUGGAGGUGCGCGCUAAGAUGCCGGCCGGGGACUGGCUGUGGCCCGCAAUCUGGCUGAUGCCAGCGCACAACGUUUACGGCACGUGGCCGGCUUCAGGCGAGAUCGACCUGGUGGAGUCUCGCGGCAACCGAGACAUGUACAACGGAGGCGUCCACAUCGGCACCCACGAGGCGGGGUCCACCCUGCACUAUGGUCCUUACCCGGAGCUGAACGGAUGGGAGCGCGCGCAUUGGGAGCGGAGGAAUAAUAGGGGAUAUAAUGCAGAGUUCCAUAGAUAUCAGCUGGAGUGGACUCCUGACUUCAUCAAGUUCAGCAUCGACGACGUGGAACUAGGCCGCGUGUCUCCCGGCGCCGGCGGCUUCUGGCAGCACGGCGGGUUCAACUCACACAACGUGGAGAACCCCUGGCGUUAUGGCAGCAAGAUGGCGCCCUUCGACCAGAAGUUCUACCUGAUCAUGAACGUGGCCGUCGGAGGGACUAACGGGUUCUUCCCCGAUGGUGUUACGAAUCCGCUGCCGAAGCCGUGGUGGAAUGGAUCGCCUAGUGCCGCCGCAGACUUCUGGAACGGUCGUAACGGCUGGCUGCCCACUUGGAACCUGGACAAGAACGAUGGCCGCGACGCCUCGCUACAAGUGGACUACGUGCGAGUUUGGGCUCUCUAGAGCACUACGUCGUUUAACUCGUUGUGUGCAUAACACAAUGAAAUACCUAUA